CCGGGCCGGUGUAGGCGUCAACUUCGCGCGCUACCGCCGUUCUGCCGCGCGGCCGGUUUCUGCCCACUCGAUCCACGUCCGGCCACCGUCAAGAGCAGUGUCUCGCCGUGAUCAGCCCAGAGAUAGGCCCGGCCCGCGCAAGACCUCGAGGCACCGCUUACGGCACCUGCACUUCGCCACCGCCCGUUCCGCGCGCCGCCGAACUCGCCUCUUCCGUCCACACCGGAGCACGCCAGCCAGCCACCCCGACUCGGCGGCACCUAAGGAACCCUUCAUUGGUGGUCGUCGCCGUCGUGCUCCCCUCCCCGCCUUCCCUUCGGAUGUUGGACUGGGGGUGGAGUAGAGAUCCGGAUUGAUUUCAAUUGUUGGCCCUUACUCUUGCGCAUGAUCGAUCUCAGUUGACGCCAUAGGACUUGGGACCCCAAGGUACGGUGCAGUUUUAUGUUCCAAGAAGUUUAACCUCCAUGCCCCUCGCUAAGUCCGUCCCUGCAAUCCUGCCGUGACGUGCCAACCGUAGGAGAGCAUCAUGAUGUCGAGGCUUACCCACAUUGGAAAGAGCAGGAAACUUUCUCAAGCCCUGUUGGUUACCUCAAAACCUAACAAUGCUGGAGCUCAAAACAUUGGUUCGAGCUUCACAUUAGGUUUGGCCAGCAGGGCCUUUCUGCAUGGGAGGGUUCAUAAUGGACCCAGCACUUCAUACAUGCUUGGAAGACCAAGUGAGAGAUUACACCGGGGCAUUGGGGUGACAAAGUUCUCAGUUCUUUCGUCCUGUAGUCAGAAUGCAUUUCAGAGCCAACUUGCAUGGAAACAACUUGUGGCCCUGGGUUCUCAUGUACCGAAAGCAUCUCCAUUUUUUAGUAGGGUUGCUUGUGCCAUCAGCUUGGCUGUGACUAGAUCUAAUUUAGCUCCUUACCUCUUCGCUUUCAUAGCCGGAGAGGUAAUGCUAGCUCAGAGGACAUCUGCAGAUGGCGAGUACUACCCAAUACACGAGCGAGCUCAGGAUGGCCGCAUUUACAUUACCUCGUUAAUAUUUUCGGCUGUGGAGAUGGUUGUUAUAAUCUUCAGAUCAAUAUAUUUGGCACUGCUGUUCACCCCGAGUAUACUGAUGGCACCAUUUGCAGAUACUUUUGGCAGUAAGUAUAGGAAAGCAUGGCUUCGACUUGUCCAUCGUACUUUGGAGCUGGCAGGUCCUGCGUUUAUUAAAUGGGGCCAAUGGGCUGCAACACGCCCUGAUCUCUUUGCAAGUGACUUAUGUACUGAAUUGUCAAAGCUGCACACAAAAGCACCAGCUCACAGCUUUAAGUAUACCAAGAAAACUGUUGAGAAAGCUUUUGGUCGAAAGCUAUCAGACAUAUUUGAGAAUUUUGAAGAGAAUCCUGUAGCAUCUGGAAGUGUUGCUCAAGUGCACCGUGCUGUUUUGAGAUUCCGGUAUCCCAGUAAGCAGACAAGGCAUGUAACAGUUGCAGUAAAAGUAAGACAUCCUGGUGUAGGAGAAUCAAUACGGAGGGAUUUCAGUAUCAUUAAUGCAGUAGCAAAAAUUUCUAGAUAUAUCCCCACAUUAAAUUGGUUGCGGUUGGAUGAGAGUGUGCAACAGUUUGCUGUCUUCAUGAUGUCUCAAGUUGACCUUGCAAGGGAAGCUGCUCAUUUGAGCCGCUUUAUCUACAACUUCCGAAGGUGGAAGGAUGUAUCAUUCCCAAGACCUCUUUAUCCACUUGUUCAUCCUGCUGUUUUGGUUGAGACUUAUGAGCAUGGAGAAAGCGUUUCACACUAUGUCGAUGACCUUGAUGGGUAUGAUCGAAUUAAAAGUGCUCUCGCCCAUAUUGGCACUCAUGCACUCUUGAAAAUGCUACUGGUUGAUAAUUUCGUUCACGCAGAUAUGCACCCUGGAAAUAUUUUGGUCCGUGUUGGACAACCAAAGAAUUCAAAUAACGCCCUUUUAAAGUCAAGGCCACAUGUAGUCUUCCUUGAUGUAGGAAUGACUGCUGAACUUUCGAGCAAUGACCGCAUGAAUUUACUUGAAUUUUUCAAGGCUGUUGCUCGCCGAGAUGGUCGUACAGCUGCAGAAAGCACUCUAAAGUUGUCAAAACAGCAGAAUUGCCCAAAUCCAAAAGCUUUUAUUGAGGAAGUUGAGCGAGCAUUCUCUUUUUGGGGCACCCCUGAAGGUGAUGCUGUCCACCCAGCUGAGUGUAUACACCAGUUGCUCGAGCAAGUUCGACGUCACAAAGUGAACGUUGAUGGAAAUGUUUGCACUGUCAUGGUGACUACAUUAGUUCUUGAGGGCUGGCAGCGCAAGUUGGAUCCAGACUACAAUGUUAUGAAGACACUACAAACUUUACUUUUUAAAGAAGACUGGGCAAAGUCUCUUCAGUACACGAUCCAAGGGCUUAUGGCACCUUAGGAUCAACGCUGCAAUCCUCUGAAAAGUUUUUUAUCUGGUUUGUUUGCGGUUGAUGGAGGAUGCUCUGCUUUCACCAUCACAUUUUAUUUUCUUUUCUCUUUAUUUGACCUUUAGAUUAUACAGUUCUUUACCCGUUCUGGCUAGUGCUGCUAAAGCAGCUGUGAUAAAGUAAUAAUUGCAGCACGAUUUUGAAGCUACCAGAGUACUAUGCUCUGGAGUACAUUGCCGCGGUCCUCCUGGAUUAUCAAACGAAAGGAGUAAAAGACUGGGUCCGUUUUUGCUCCUCCAACACUUUUUUUCAAUAGCUCUUAGUUGAUGUAGGAAAAGACGUUUAUUCUGAUGAUAUUUUUUUUGUAACUGGAGAGAGUAUCAGUGAACGAGGUUUUCUUAUGUAUACACACACAGAGAUACAGCUGAUUGUUUCGAAAGGAACCUACGUCUUGUA